GUUAAUUCUUUCAUGUUGAACUUCUUUGCCCGACCAAAAGGGGAUUUUUAACAACUCUCUUGACUGCCAGGAACCUCAUCAAGGGGACUUCUGUUCUAACAAUAAGUAGGUGAUUCUAAAUCUUCUGGUUUUGGAAUCUAUAAUCCUGAGCCCCUCUGAUCUAAGAAUGCUGUUGUUCUGUCGAUGAUUAUAAAAGUCAUCUGGCUAGUAAUAUGAUAAUAUUUCUUCCCUUAGACUUUAAGAAAGACAUAUUAGUGAUCCUGAGACUGUUGUUCUAACAAGCUGUCAAUAAUUUCAAGUCUUUCAGUGUUAGAAUAAUCCUACAAACAUUACUGUCUAUUGGUUAAUGAUAACCACAUUCUUGAGACCCCUCCUUGGUUCUACACCUAGGCCAUAAAAUUAACAUAUCUAUAACAUGAAGAAUCAGAUAAAUGCAUACAGAACUUUACAUAAAGAUACAUAGGUGCUGGCUCUACCACAAACUUGCUGUGAAGCAUUGUUUAGUUACUCAGUGAUCUCUUCCAGUUGAAAUUACUUUCACUUACUGAACUUCUGCUUUGUGUUUUUUAUCAUCAUGAUAGUUUUUAGUAACUUUUGUAAUUCUCUGUGUUAAACUGUUUCUUAUAUCUCAGGAGUAUUCUCAAAGAAGAACUAAAAAGGAUCACCCUACAUAAUAGACUACUUAGCACCAGCUAUAGUGACCAGUCUCUUGCCAUAUAAAUUUGGAAUGGCUACACCCCUUAACCCCGAGGCUCUGGAGGAGCCAGAGAAUCUUUUUAUAGUGAAAGAAGAAGCACAUUUUUGGGAGCAAGAAUCGAGUUUACAACAUAAUCACAGCACAAGCGAGGUUUUCCGACAACAUUUCAGGCAACUCUGCUAUCAGGAAACCCCUGGGCCUCGUGAAGCUCUAAUUCGACUUCGUGAACUUUGCCAUCAGUGGCUUAGGCCAGAAAUGCAUACUAAAGAACAGAUUUUGGAGCUCUUGAUAUUGGAGCAAUUCUUAACUAUCCUGCCCAAGGACUUGCAGACCUGGGUGCAAGAUCAUCAUCCAGAGAAUGGGGAGGAGGCAGUAACUGUCCUGGAAGAUUUGGAAAGAGAAAUUGAUGAACCAGGAUACCAGGUCCCAGCCCACGUACAUAGACCAGAAAUGCUCUUGGAAGAAAUGGAACCAAUAGGAACAUCAAGAACAUCAACUGAGUCACUAAGUGUUCAUCUCAAUCCCAAGAAGACCCAGCUGAAAUGGAAAUCUUGGGAGCUCUAUUCAUUACAAGAGAAUGAUGAUGAAACCAGAAAUGAAGACAUGGGAUCAAUUCAGAAGGAAGAAAUUUCUGAAGACAUAGAAUCACUCAGAGAUAUAUAUGGCAGACUCAGUGGGCACAUUUCCUGGGAUCCUGUUUUGAGAGAAGCCUUUGAAACUGAGGGCAGAUUAGAAUGGCAACAGGGCAACCUUGUAGGGAAAAGACGACACAAAUGUGAUGAAUGUGGGAAAGGUUUCAGUCAUAGCUCAGACCUUAGUAAACAUAAGAGAACCCAUACAGGGGAAAAGCCCUAUAAAUGUGAUGAGUGUGGAAAAGCCUUUAUUCAACGCUCUCAUCUCAUUGGACAUCAGAGAGUCCACACUGGAGUGAAACCCUAUAAAUGUAAAGAAUGUGGGAAAGAUUUCAGUGGUCGAACAGGCCUUGUUCAACAUCAGAGAAUCCACACUGGAGAGAAACCCUAUGAAUGUGAUGAGUGUGGGAGACCAUUCCGUGUGAGUUCAGCACUUAUUCGACAUCAGAGAAUUCAUACAAACAAGUUCUAUUGAUGAAAAUCAUAAAAACUUUGUAUGUCAAAUUAGACAUAUAAGAUCAAAACAAUACUGUCCUGUAUGAGAAAAGAUCAGUAACCACUGAAACAUUAUCUGGUAUAAGAGAAUCCAACUGAGUAUUUUUGUUUGUUUGAAUUUGUCAGACCAAUUUGGUGGGAGAAGAGAGGGAAAGAGGUGGAGAUUAGAGAAAAUGAUGAUUUUAAAAGGUCUACAUUGUCCUUAAAUUUGUUUUAGAGAAAGUUGUUUACCUCAUGUUUUUUGGAAUGAAUAGCUAUGGAGACUAAUAUUCUUCCAUCAUUCAAGGUUCUCUCCCGAAUUCCUUCCAUUCUUGACUCCAAUGGUAAGUCAGUGUGUGACAUGUUCUAUGCCUCAGUUUCUCCUUCUUUAAAAUGUGGAAGUUGAUCCCAGCACUAUUCAUGGGCAUGUUGUAAGAAUAAACUCAUAAUCAAUGAAUUGUUUUAAUUCCUAUAAUGCUAGUAGUUAUUACUGUUGUUAUUAUAUUCAAUUGUAUAGUGCUUAAGACUUUAUUCUAAUUAUAUUUUAUAAUUAAAUGGAAUUGAACUUUUCAUGGAAAAGUUUUCUUUGGGCACUGGGGAAAGGAGUCAAAAUUGAAAAAGAUAGCAGGCAAAAGUGGUCAGCUGUAUUCAAGGGUAGAGAAAGGCAGUAUUGAACAUGAGGAGUUUAAUGUGAGAAUGUGACAGGAAUAAAAGAAAUAUGAAUAAAAGAAUAUGAUGCAAAAGCAGGAGUCCAACAGAGCUGUGAGGGGUAAAAGAUGAAAUUAAAAUAGUUUGGUCUGGGUAUCAUUUUGAGGUUUCUUUUGUCAUCUUAAAAAUUCAAUUCAGCAAGCAUUUAUUAAGCAUUUAAUAUAUGACAAGUGCUAGACACGGGAUUAAAAGCAAAUAUCUGUCUUUAAGAUUACAUUUUACUGAAUUAGGAUGGGAUAUAUCAACAUCAGAGGCUGAUUAUUAUAUGAUUAUGGUAUUGUUUCCUAUGAAAUGAUAGUCAUAUGCCUAGUAAAUUUAUCCAAGAUAAUGUUUACAAUGUCAUCUGGUCAUUGUGAAAUGUUUAUAUGGUUAUAUUAAGGUAGUUACUAAACAACUAUUUACAUACAUGAGGAGGAAGGUGUAAUGGCAUAAAUAACUAAAAGCACCUGAUGCAAAA